UGGCAUCUAGUGAAAUUAGUGACUUAAUUUUUUUAAUCAUGUGAUUGUAUUGAAUCUUAAAGAUGUUUAGUUUUAGUGUCAUUGGUUGUUUGUUGUUUUAUUCUGUUUCUAUUUUAGCGACGAAGAAUGUUGAAGGAUCUCAACCAACACUGCAGAAGACAGUGCAAGCAUUAUUCACAGAGAGAUCUCAGGUCAUGUACCCUGGAGCAUGUAAACUAAUAAGAUCCUCGCUCCAUCAGUCCAAAAUGUGCAAAAGAAACCCAGGUCUUGCAGAAGUUCUACAACAAGCAAAAGACCAGGCGAUCAGAGCUUGUGAAGAGGCCUUCCAAUACGAUAGAUGGAACUGCUCUUUAGUCUUCAACAAUAAAGCGAAAAGGAGUAUUUUCAAUAAAAUUUAUAGAGAAACUGCAUUCGUACAUGCGUUGAUCGCAGCGUCAGUGACGCAUACUGUAGCCAAAGCAUGUGCCUCUGGAGAUCUGACUCGAUGCUCUUGUACUGGAAUUAAUGGAAAAAACUCAUCUUUCAAAGUAGGAGGAUGUGGCGAUGAUUUUAAACAAGGCAAAAGAAUAACUAGACAUUUUCUUGAAAUCAACGAAGCGGGGUACGAUCAGAUUGGUGAGAUUUUAAAGCAAGAUGUUACGGUUGGUGUUGACGCUAUGGCGGAACAAAUGAGAGAGGUUUGUAAGUGUCAUGGAUUCUCUGGAUCAUGCACAACGAAGACUUGCUGGAAGCGACUGGGUCCUUUCAAUUCUGUUAUGGGUUUGUUGAAGAAGCAGUUCCAUCAUGCUAUAAAACAGAGGAUUGUUAAUUAUACGACGAAGAGAGCGAUAACGCCAAGAGUUAGGAAGAAGAUGAAGAUUGAUAGGAAAAGUUUAGUGUAUUUACACAAAACGCCGAAUCUUUGUGUGAGUACAAAAGGCAGAGUGUGUAAGGACAGAAACAAUUGUGCUACAUUGUGUUGCGGGAGAGGUUUUGUGACAAGCCAUAAGACUGUAAAUUACAGAUGCAAGUGUAAAAUGGUGGAUUGUUGUUUUGUUAAAUGUGAUACGUGCUCUCAGGUCGUUGACGUUUAUACUUGUAAAUGAAUGGAAUGUAAUCAUCCGCGUUUGUGAUAUGUAAAGAAUAUGACGAUCUUUGUGAAAGGAAAGGUAUACUUGACGGACUUCUCUCAAAUUAUCUUGUAUAGUGAUUUGUAUAGGUCAGAAAUCGUGUGUCUCUUGAUGACUAGCGUUCAAAAUUUAUGUCAUAUCAUCAAGUUUUUGUAGACUUUCUUCCAAAUUCUCCGAUCUUACCAUAAUAUGAGAUCUAAAAUUACAUGCUAAACACAUUAUUAAACCAGAAAGAGUUUAUAAUAUCAACAAAAAAAUAUCAUAAAAGCUAAGCAAGGCACGAUACAUCUGAAAUAGGAGGAGAAAUGUGCUUAGCAAGUAUUUUUUGUAGACAUCUUUAUAGUAAGAUCGUAUGUUUAAUACCGCUAUAUACACUAUUGCCGAACUCACACAGAUAUCGAGGCGAAUGCACGAGCAUUGUGUAGUUAAUAAAGAGGGCUUUCAUUUACCGCAAUGAAAAACUAGCAAUGUAUACUGAAUCCCUCAACGUUCAUCAAACUGCACCGCGACAAUGUACGUAUAUCUUGCAUAAAAUUAGGUAUACUUAUAAGGUCAGGUUUAACAUUUAUUUGACUCAUAUUUGAAGAAGAUAAGACUGAAUGUUACGGAUUAGGUAAUGUAAGGAGUGUUGUAGGAUGUGGCUGUGAUAAGCUAGGUUGUGGGUAGGGCGGGUCCAGGAAAAACAUUGUCGAAAUACUAAGUUAAACAAAACACAAAAACGAAUUAAAUAAUUUACACUAAUGUGCCGUUCGAAUUUCGCAACUCUUAGCUCUGUCUACCCCGUUAUGCAUAAAGAUGCGUGAUGUAUUGGUAUUUUAGGUGGCCGAAUGCA